AUGCUAUUUUCCACUAAGCCUCUGUUCCUCUCCGGCAGCAGUGAUUCCAGCAGUAGUUCGAGUGAUGACUCGCCAGCACGUUCAGUUCAGUCUGCUGCCGUCCCUGCACCUUCAGCUCUGCCUUUAUCAGCCCUUGACAAGGAUGAGCAUCGAAAAAGCUUUGGUGUCAAGGUCCAGAAUCUUCCUGUGCGUUCUACAGGUGAGGAUUUGACCCCUUUCUGCUGUGUAUAUACCAUACAUUGUCUAGUCUAGACUACGUGAUCAAUACACUUUUAGGUUUUGGUAAUAAUUACAUGUUGAGUUAAUGACAUUGUUGUUGAGGCUCUUUGUACUGCAGAUAUGAAUUAGUCACUAUGUACAGUGCAUUCGGAAAGUAUUCAGACCCCUUGACAUUUUCCGAAAUUUGUUACGUUACAGCCUUAUUCUAAAACUGAUGAAAUUGUUUUUUUCCCUCGUCAAUCAACACACAAUACCUCAUAAUGACAAAGCAAAAACAGGUUGUUAGACAUUUUUGCAAAAACGGAAAUAUCACAUUUACGUAAGUAUUCAGACCCUUUACUCAGUACUUUGUUGAAGCACCUUUGGCAGCGAUUACAGCCUUGAGUCUUCUUGGAUAUGAUGCUACAAGCUUGGCACACCUGUAUUUGGGGAGUUUCUCCCAUUCUUCUCUGCAGAUCCUCUCAAGCUCUGUCAGGUUGGAUGGGGAGCGUCGCUGCACAGCUAUUUUCAGGUCUCUCCAGAGAUGUUCGAUCGGGUUCAAGUCCGGGCUCUGGCUGGGCCACUCAAGGACAUUCAGAGACUUGUCCCGAAGCCACUCCUGCAUUGUCUUGGCUGUGUGCUUAGGGUCGUUGUCCUGUUGGAAGGUGAACCGUCGCCCCAGUCUGAGGUCCUGAGUGUUCUGGAGCAGGUUUUCAUCAAGGAUCUCUCUGUACUUUGCUUCGUUCAUCUUUCCCUUGAUCCUGACUAGUCUCACAGUCCCUGCUGCUAAAAAACAUCCCCACAGCAUGAUGCUGCCACCACCAUGCUUCACCGUAGGGAUGGUGCCAGGUUUCCUCUAGACGUGACGCUUGGCAUUCAGGCCAAAGAGUUCAAUCUUGGUUUCAUCAGACCAGAGAAUCUUGUUUCUCAUGGUCUGAGAGUUCUUUACGUGCCUUUUGGCAAAGUCCAAGCGGGCUGUCAUGUGCCUUUUACUGAGGAGUGGCUUCCGUCUGGCCACUCUACCAUAAAGGCCUGAUUGGUGGAGUGCUGCAGAGAUGGUUGUCCUUCUGGAAGGUUCUCCCAUCUCCACAGAGGAACUCUGGAGCUCUGUCAGAGUGACCAUCGGAUUCUUGGUCACCUCCCUUACCAAGGCCCUUCUCCCCCGUGGUCCUCUGUAGUUCAGCUGGUAGAGCACGGCGCUUGUAACGCCAGGGUAGUGGGUUCGAUCCCCGGGACUACUCAUACACAAAAAUGUAUGCACGCAUGACGGUAAGUCGCUUUGGAUAAAAGCGUCUGCUAAAUGGCAUAUUAUUAUUUAUAUUAUUAUUAUUAUUAUUAUUAUCCCAUGAUUGCUCAGUUUGGCCGGGCGGCCAGCUCUAGGAAAAGUCUUGGUGGUUACAAACUUCUUCCAUUUAAGAAUGAUGGAGGCCACUGCAAUGGGGACCUUCAAUGCUGCAGAAAUGUUUUGGUACCCUUCCCCAGAUCUGUGCCUCGACACAAUCCUAUCUCUGAGCUCUACGGACAAUUCCUUCGACCUCAUGGCUUGGUUUUUGCUCUGGCAUGUACUGUCAACUGUGGGACCUUAUAUAGACAGGUGUGUGCCUUUCCAAAUAAUGUCCAAUCAAUUGAAUAUACCACAGGUGGACUCCAAUCACGUUGUAGAAGCAUCUCAAGGAUGAUCAAUGGAAACAGGAUGCACCUGAGCUCAAUUUCGAGUCUCAUAGCAAAGGAUCUGAAUACUUAUGUAAAUACAUUUCUAAAAACCUGUUUUCGCUUCGUUAUUAUGGGGUAUUGUGUGUAGAUUGAUGAGAUUAUACUUUUAAAAAUCCAUUUAGAAUAAGGCUGUAACGUAACAAAAUGUGGAAAAGGUGAAGGGGUCUGAAUACUUUCUGAAUGCACUGUAUGCACCUGAAAGUAUUUAGUCAAGCUUUUAUUUUAUCUUUGUUCCCUCUGUCAGAUACAAGUCUGAAGGAUGGCCUGUUCCAUGAGUUCAAGAAGUAUGGGAAGGUGACAUCUGUGCAAAUCCAUGGAGCUUUAGAGGAGCGCUAUGGACUUGUGUUCUUUCGCCAGCAAGAGGACCAGGAGAAGGCCCUGGGCGCAUCAAAGGGGAAGCUGUUUUUUGGCAUGCAAAUUGAGGUCAUCGUCUGGAAUGGCCCUGGUGCGUCCACAACUGGUAUAUAAAGGGGCUUGAGUUUUUCCUAACAACUUUACCUGACCAGGAAAAUCUCUGGGCUCUACCUUUUUAAACAUGAUUUAUACAGGUUCAUGAAAACAUUAAUUUCUCUUUUUAGAGACUGAAAGCGAGAAUGAGUUCCGGCCUCUGGAUGAGAGGAUAGACGAGUUUCACCCCAAAGCCACACGGACUCUGUUUAUUGGCAACCUGGAAAAGACCACCAGCUACCAUGACCUGCUCAAUAUCUUUCAGCGAUUUGGGGAGAUAGUGGUAUGUAAAAUACAUUCAGCAUGUUGCAAAGGAGAUUUUGUGAGGGAGGAAUUGUCUAAUUCAACACUGCCUCUCUUAAUUUAGUGUUGCCUUUCUUUCCAUUCACAUAGGAUAUUGACAUCAAGAAAGUUAAUGGUGCCCCUCAGUAUGCCUUUCUACAGUACUGUGACAUUGCCAGUGUUUGUAAGGCCAUAAUGAAGAUGGAUGGAGAGUACCUCUGCAACCAUAGGCUAAAGGUGAGGAGAGUAUUAUAACUCACAUUUCACAAAACACUUAUUUUGAAUGUACAACUGAGAUGUUUAGUUGUUGAUAGGUGUGACUGGAGUAUUGUCAACAGGAUAAUAUUGUUGAUAUGUUAUUUAUCCCUCUUUUUACAGCUGGGAUUUGGAAAAAGUAUGCCCACAACUUGUGUUUGGUUGGAUGGUUUAGCCUCCAACAUCACAGAGCAGUAUCUCACUCGUCAUUUCUGUCGUUAUGGACAUGUUGUCAAGGUAAGCCUGCUGCUUAUUCCUGUUUAUGCCCUUUUCUCAUAACACAUCCCCAUGUCAUUCCACAUGGUAUCUAAAGAAAGAUCAUAUAGUUUUAUAAAAUUUUUGUCAUACUUCUCUCCCCUCCCACAACAGGUUGUAUUUGACAAACCCAAAGGAAUGGCCCUUAUCCUGUAUAAUAACAUAGAUUAUGCGCAGGCCGCUGUCAAAGAGACCAAGGGUUGGAAGAUGGGUGGCAACAAAAUUAAGGUCAGCAAAAAAAAUAUCUUAUGAAAUAGAAUCCCUGUCAGUUGGGGGAAUAGGCCAGAUGAUUGAAGACCAUAGUCCAAACAAUGAUUUUUGUCUCUGCCUUAUCAAUUUCCAUGUGUUUUUGUUUGCAGGUGGACUUUGCCAAUCAGGAAAGUCAGAUGGCUUUCUAUCGCUCAAUGCAGGCAUCUGGGCAGGACAUUCGCGACUUCUAUGAAAUCCUAUCUGAACGAAGGUUUGUAUAAUUUAGCUCUAGAUUUCUUUUGUCACAUAUCCCCACUAAAAAAAUAAUAUAAUGAUUUUGGUUUCUCUGUAUAUUUUUGUAUUUUUCAGGGAUGAACGCAGGCCGCAGUAUGAUUUUACAGCUGAACGGCCAUUAUUUGACAACAGUGUGCGAACACCUGGAGGAGCCUUCAUAGAAGACCCCCGUCGCAAGUUACCUGCCAGAGGCCGAGAGUUCUACACUGAAUGGGACCCAUACCAGGGGGAUUUCUAUGACCCACGUUACUUUGAUGACCCGCGUGAAUACAGAGAUCACAGAGACCCCUAUGAGCAGGACAUCCGCAAAUACAGUUACUUGCAGAGGGAGCGUGAGAGGGAGCGCUUUGAAACAGACCGUGAACGUGACCAUGGGCGGAGGACAAUUGAACACAGCCAGAGCCCUUCUCACCCUAAUCACCCUGCCAGUCCUACAGUGUCCCCCUCCCUCUCUGAGCGUCUACCAAGUGACUCUGAUCGCUGCAUUUGCUGUAGAUCCUCAGAGCAAAGUUGCAGCUGCAGUUCACUCUCACCUCCAAGAUUUGACAAGCCUGACAAGGCGCGCCCUGACCGGUAUAAUAAGAGCGAUAAGCCAGAGAAGGAGAGAUCCUUUGAAGGUGAACAUGGUAUUGGGGGUGAAAAGGAAAAGCGGGCUGGGCGCAAGGAGAAGGGUGAAAAGGAGAAAGGUGAGAAACCGAGGCUGAGGAAAUUAAAAUUGCAAUCUACCAGCAUUCCAUCACCUGAGACGGACCCUGAACUUGAAAGAGAAGAUAGUCCAGGCCUUCGAAGCAAAGUCAGCAAGUUUCCUCCUAAGGAAAAAGAAGGCUCGGGCAAAGGACAGCUAGACCUACCACCUUGUGUGGUGCAGCUAACGCGUGUGAAGGAGAAGGAAGGAAAAUUGCUUGGUCAUGCUGUCCUAGAAAAACAAAGACUUAGAGGUGAGAAUGACAGUAUUCGGCUUGCAUCACCUUCAAGUGACCAGAACAGUCCUUCCUUUCGCAUAGAUCCUCAAAAAGGAGAUAUAGUCAAGCAUAGGAAGGUGCCCAAAGACAAAAACAUGGCGAGGCUGGUUGAAGUUGUGGAAAAUGAUGGUAAAAUGAAUGCCAAAAAACAUAUGAAAGCUGGUCCUGGGUUUGAUGGUUCUAACUCUGUGGAUGUUGACCGUCUAGCUGCACGAAAGAGGCGUUUUGAAGAAUCCAUGCUGAAGACCGAUCGACUGAAGAGGGCCAGUCAGGAAGAGGAGGAGGGUGGUAGAUUGGGACUUAGGAAGACAGCUGACAGCGCUAUGGCAAAGGAGAAUAAGGGUGACAAGAGCCUAUUUGCAAAAGGGGUUCAUAAGAAGGAGCAUCGCAAGGCUAAAUCUGAGAGACUUGUUACUGUUUGCAGUCCUAAAGAUAAACAAGAGUCUGAUAUUGACUCCAUGGGAAUGGGCCUUGGACUCAGUUUGGAACUUCAGUCACGACUUGGAGAACCAACAGAAGAUGAAAUAGAUCCAUUUGACCCACCCUGUCUGAAAAUGGAGUUUUGGGGAUCAAAAAUCCAGAGUAGUUUAAGUCUCAUGAAAAUAUCUGAUGGGAGUCUUGACCAGGAUGCAUUCAAUGUACAGCCGCAAGAAGACAAUGGCGAGCAGGGUGUGGGACUAUACAAAAGCAGAGAGGAGACUGAGGAACGACUUGCGUCUGAUAUUGACCACUCUCAGAGCUGCAAAAAACAAAUGGAACAGAGCCGACAGCUUUGGCAGAAGCUAGAAGAGCCUGACAAAUCAGAUAAACUUGAAAGCCCACAAGGCAGCAACACAGAGGACUUUGAAAGAUGCAGUCUGUUGCAUGAGGUAGGAAAACCACCUCAAGAUGUCACAGAUGAUUCUCCAUCUAACAAAUGUAAGAGGUCUGAGAGUUUUGACUUUGACUUGCUAAGUGCUAAGAGAGAACGACACUACAGGUCUUCUCGGGAAUUAAAUGAAGACCUUGGCCGGAGUGUCACAGCCUUUUCUGGCUCUGAUCACUUUCCCUCAAAUGAAGAAGUGUGUGCUUCCCAGUUAUCACAAUCAGUUACCAAUAAAGAGACUAAAGACUCUCCUAAAGAAGAUGACAAAGUCUUCUCACAUGUAGAUUCAUUGAAAUACAGCUUGGACAUGACACCCAAUCGUCUCAGUUCCCCGAACACAGAAUUUCCUAAGUCUAAGACAACAUUGCUUGGGUGUGAUGAGGAGCUACUCCAACGAUGGGAGAGCAGAAUCGAAUCUGACUCCCUCAGAAUGGACAUGACCUUCCCCAGUAGCAUUGUGAAACGUGAAAACAUUCGCAAACGUCUUGUGCCUGAACUAGAGCCUGGAGAAGUACAGUCAGAUUCAGAUAAUGAUAGUGAGAACAAAAACCACUCCCCUAAGCCCAACACCUCACUGUCCUCUAUCCUUAGGGAACGUGAAGAAAGGUUGACAGACCUGAAGUUCUCAGGCUCCCUGGAGAAGAACAAGUUCUAUUCUUUUGCAUUAGACAAGACUAUAACUCCAGACACAAAAGCACUUCUUGAGCGAGCCAAGUCAUUGUCCUCCUCAAGGGAGGAUAAUUGGUCCUUUCUUGACAGAGACUCUCGCUUUGCCAGUCUUCACAGUAGCUCAGACAAAGAAAAGGUAGAGUCUGCACCACGACCUAUCCCGUCUUGGGACAUGAAGAAGAAGAAAAUUCGUACUGACUCUGAAGGUAAACUGGAUGACAAAAAGGAGGACCCCAAAGCAGAGGAUCAGCAACGGCAGGAGCUGUUUGCCUCUCGUUUUCUUCAUAGUUCAAUCUUUGAGCAAGAUUCACGGCGUCUGCAACAUCUUGAGCGCAAAGAUCCAGAUCCUAAGUUGGGAUUUGGCAGACAUCUUUCCAAACAGGAUUCUGUCGAAGGACAACCUGAGCCAGGGGGAGUGGACCUUCAAGAGCCCAUAGUGCUUUUUCAUAGCCGCUUUCUAGAGCUUCAACAACAGAAGGAGACCUCAAGGGACCACUUUCCAACAGAAAUUGAAAGUGUUGAUGUGGUUGAUGAGAGUGAAGGAGAACAAGUUCAGAAUGAACAACAAGAAGGGUCUCCCAAGGUUUCAGAGUUCAUGCAGAAGGCUGAUAUUAAAUCAGUCGGCCCUUCUCUCAUCCUGCCAAUUUCACAGUUUCUUCCUUCACCCAGAGAGAUAUCGCCACAGCAGGAGAAAGAGGCUAUUUUAACUUCCUCAUCUGAACAGACUGUCUCACUGAUUAAAGAGGAACAAGUGGAACAUAAUCGUGAUGUGUCCCCACCCCAAUCUCCUCCACUAGUAGAGAUCCAACCCCCAUCCUCGAUUGUAAUCACUCCCCUAUGUCCUGUCCUUUCAGAGGCUGAGGUUAAAGUUGAACCUAAAGAGGAAUUAUGUGAACCCAAAGUUACAACCGAAAGCAAUGUUACAGUGGAUCAUGCAUCUUUCUUUGAUGUUAAGCCUCCCACUCCUGGUGCCUCAUUAAGUAGUUUUGAGGCAGAGACUGCCGAAUUCCCCUGCUCUGCUUCCCACAAGAUUGAAGAGAAUAUGGACAUGGUAAAGAUGGAGGUCCAACCAGAGAAACCAGAUUCUAAGGACUUUGACACACCUCAUAAAUCUGAAGCUUCCCAAGAGGUUCACAUGCCAGUUUCAGAGACCGAAAUGAAACCAGCAAAGCCAAUUGGCAAACAACCCAAGAGUAAAAGGGCUAAGCCAAAUGUGUCCGUAACACAAAUCCUGAAUCCCCCCGAAACAAUUGUCUCUGAGAAACCAGUUACUCGAAAGAGUGAGCGAAUUGACAGAGAGAAACUGAAAAGGUCUUCAUCUCCACGAGGAGAAAUAUCAUCAGAGCCUAUAACCACAGCCAAGUCACCAGUUCAUGCCCUUGAUUCUGAGAAUGAAUCAAGCCUAAUCCUCGGAAGGACCAGACGCCGAAAUGUUCGGUCUAUUUAUGCCACACCAUCUGAAGAGGAGGCCCAGCCACCAGGUAAAGAGGUGGUGGAUUAUUUACGCGCCACACGUAAGCGUGGUGUUGACAAAGAACCAGUGCAGCAGCUGCAGCAGGACGCAUUGAACACAUCUACCAACACAAGGCGAGGUAACCCACCCAAGUCACGCAGGCGAGGGGAAGAUGUGUCACCAGUGAAAGGAGACUCACAGAAAACAUCAGAGGAAGACAUUGAUAUCAAAGAGCCUGUGAACACUGGAGAGGGUUUAAGAAUGUCUGAGGGUUGGCAUUCACCCCAUAUGCAGAAAGUGCAGAACACUCAUGUGUCUUCACCUACUGGAACCUCUGUUGGCAGGAAAGCAAGUAGAGUAGACAAACAAUCUGAGAGUGCAACAUCACCAGGAGAGAAGUCAGGUGAUAGUACAACUACUGAAGAGCCCAAAAUAAAAGAUGAGUCCGAAGAAGCAGGGAAAUUAUUAGAGGAAGCAAAGCAAUGCUUGCCAACACAGAAAGACGAAAAAGACAAAGAGCUAACUGAUCAAAUUGCGAAAAAAUCUUCUGAAGGGGAUAUUGAGAGGAUAGAAUCUACCUAUGUGGAGAAAAGACAACAAUCUGAAAAGAGUGGGAAAGUAAAAGAACCAAGGUUGACACAAAAUUCCAAAUUGGUGACAGAGGAUAAAUUGCAUUGCUUGAGAAACCUUGAGAUUCGUGUAAGCGUAGAUGAUGUGAAAGGGUUGCUUUGCUCUGGGGAGGAUGAGUCUGAAUCUUUUGAGACCACUGCUAAAAAUGCCAAACCAGGAGUUCCAAAUAAAGAAGAAACAAGGACUCAGUAUCUGAAAGAAGCAGCAGAGCUCAGCCCAGAGGAAAGGGACGUUCUAUUAGGGCUUGAACCACCGGUGGACCCAGCAGCCGCUCUUUUGGCACGUCAGAUGGAACUGGAACGGGCAGUGGAGAAUAUUGCCAAACUUACAGUUGAGAAACCUCUUCAACCCUAUAAGGAACCACCUGCAGAGCCACGUACCCUGCUGCCCCCUGUCACUGUAGAACCAGAUAAUGAAAUAGAGGGGGAGAAGUCAGCUAAUCCUGCCAGUGAAACCGAACUGGCUGCUGCUAUUGAUUCCAUUACUGCUGAAGACAUAUCUACUGAUACAGAUGGGUUCACAGCUCCUCCCACUUACACUGCACUUGUUCCUACCCCAGAGCCCCUGGUCUCACCCUCUGCCAAUGAGGUAUUGGCACCAGAAACACGCAUUAUUGACCCAGACCCAGAGAUGGGAGUUCUAAUUCCCAGUGACAAGCCCUUGACGCCAGAUGCUAAAGCCUCUGAAUCAUCUGUCUCUGGGGCCUCUGCCCAAGAU